CUUGUAUCAUGUUUGACCAGAAUCGUAAAAUGAGAUACAUAAUCUCACCCAAAGUGUGGCACCCUCCGUCGUCAGUUCGGUUCCAAACUUCCAACACUAUGACUUGGUCCGUCGAAGCUAUCAUCGCCUUCAUUACACUAGCGGCCACGUGCAUUCCAUUAGGAGUUCUACUUUGGCGCUUGCAGUGUAGAAACCGUCGCGUUCAGGACGAUGAUGUUGAAGAUGUCGAGGAUGUCGCCCCAGCCCGAGGCUACCCGCAGUAUUUUCCUCGAACGGAAUCUUUCAUCAUUCUGCAGGCAGUAGUUCUUGGUAUGUUUGAACUACAUCCUUCGCAUGUUGUGCUAAUCACUUCGCAGUCCGAUAGUUAUGGACCCGGAUGCCGUCACUUUGCGCUUCACUCGUGUUUGCAGACCAGGUGCUUUGUUCCACGCAAGAGCAAGGAGGAUGACGAUCGAAAAGAGUAACAAGCGUUUCAGGUUUUGGGUUAAUUCAGUAGAACACCGUAAAGAGGAAACACUAGAACACCGCGGUGUUCUAUAGAUGUACA